AUGGCAGCUGCGCGCGGUCCGAGGUGGCGGCGGUUGUUUCUAUGGGGGUUGUGGAAGGUCUGGAGAUAUCCACAAAAUUCGUCACCCGGCCUGGGUCUGCCGCGGAGGACUUACUCCCUGGGUGACGGCCCAUAUUCGCGCACGGCGCUCUAUGAUCUGCUCGGCGUCCCCUCUACGGCCACCCAGGCGCAAAUCAAGGCGGCUUACUACCGGCAGUGCUUCCUCUACCAUCCAGAUCGCAACUCGGGGAGCACCGAGGCUGCCGAGCGCUUCACGCGCAUCUCCCAAGCCUACCUAGUGCUGGGCAGUGCCACCCUCCGUCGCAAGUAUGAUCGCGGACUGCUGAGCGACGAGGAUCUGCGUGGACCUGGUGUUCGACCCUCCAGGACACCAGCGGCUGAUCCCAGUCCCCCCUGCACACGGCGGGCAACCCAUGCCACCCACCCUGGCGCUCGGGCCGCUCCAGGCGACAAUCGCACCAUGUUCGACUUUGAUGCCUUCUACCAGGCUCACUAUGGAGAACAACUGGAGCGCGAACGGCGCCUCCGAGCCCGGCGGGAGGCCCUUCGCAAAAAGCAGGAGGACCAGGACAAGAAGGGGUUCCGCUGGGACGAGACCCGAGACAUGACUUUCGUUUUCCUUUUCCUCACUAUCUUCACCAUCGUCGGCUUUCGUGUUUAA